AUGUUGCGCAUAGGCGUGAGGAGCCUCAGUACGAGCUGUGCCAGAUAUGCUGCGCCGGCUCGAGGCAAAGCCCAAGGGUUCGCCAAAAAGGUGAGUUCUGGUAAGACAUCUGCAAAGAAAGUAAGCGCAGGGUCGCUGUACAAACCGUGGCAGCAAACCGUUGCUACCGCGAACUUCAAUAAAAAUUCGAUUCCUACUGAAUUGACUGUUUUCAAACCCACCAACCUCUCACAAAGUUUAAAUGAAAUUGUUGCAUUUUCAAAUUCUCAAUACAAAAGCCUGUUUGUACUGGGCUCGUUCAAGCAGAACCAGUUCAAUGAACUAUUUUCUCGACCUGUCAGUCUUGUAAGGAAUAAAACAACGAAAAAGCUUUUUGAUCAAUUAGAGGGUACGCAAACCGUGCAGAAGAUCGUUCUAACUGGUGAAUCUGGUGUUGGUAAAAGUAUGCUUCUGGCUCAAGCACACGCGCUCGCUUGCGACAGAAAGGCCAUCGUUGUCAAUGUUUCAUAUCCAGAACUUUUCAUGAACGGUACCAGUGACUUUUUUCACGAUGGAACGGCAUAUGUGCAGCCCAUGUAUCUAAAACAGCUGCUUACUAAAAUCGUUAAAGGUAACGAUUCUUCCGUGCUGUCCUCCAUUCCGUUGGCUAAUAGCUAUAAGUUUGCCAAUGCUGAUCCCAAGGAUGCCGCGAGCAGGAAGUUUAUACAGGUCAACGCUGGUAAGAGUACCUUAUUAGAUCUUCUUUCUGUUAAGACAACACCUCGUAACAGAGGGGAACUAUUCCGUGCUUUGAUCACAGAACUGGAACAACAGAAGAAAGCACCAGUUUUUUUCACUGUUGAUAAUUUCUCCCGUAUUUUAAGCGAGCCAUACACUGCCUACAAGAGUGUACAAAAUGAGAGGAUACACGUACUAGAACUGCAGCUUGGUAAGAUCAUCAUGGACAUCGUAGGUGGUAACAUUAGUUUCAAGAAUCCUUUAAGCAGCAUUAUUUUGGCUACUUCCGGAGCCGACAAGACCAACAAGACACUCCCUGUCGGUUUGAACAAGCUACCUCACGACCCAUACAUCAGCAAGAAACACUAUGAUAGUCAGUUAGCUAGUCUUUUGCUGAAGGGUGGUGUACAAGAAUUUCACGUCGAGAAACUGACCAAAGAAGAGGUACGCAAGCUGCUUGAUUUUUACAUUAAGUCUGAGAUUGUCCUAUCUAAAGACACUGAGAGUAUGAAUGUUGAUCAGCUAGUUGACGAGAAAUACUUUUUGAGUGGAAACGGCAAUCCGAAAGAAGUUUUGAAGAGCCUAGUUCUGCAAUUUUCAUGA